UAUUGGCAUGAAAACGAUUAGAGCUCUCGCAAAGAGAUAUGGAACUUACUACACAGUCGGAAGUAUUGCCGAGAUAUAUGUGGCUUCUGGAAAUACUGUUGAUUGGAUCAAAGGCACAUACAAUAAAUCAAUCGUCUACACUUAUGAAUUACGUAAUAAAUAUCAAUACGGCUUUUUGUUGCCACCUGAGCAAAUUAUCCCGACUGGACAAGAGACUUUGGAUUCUAUCAUAGCCAUGCUUAAAGAAAUAAAAACUCUACAAAAUAAGGUUGAAGUUUCCGUGAGACUUAAUGUGCAUAAUAAAAGAAUUUAUGACGCAAAUUCGUAGUCCAACCUAUUGAAACCUACUAAAGUGUGAAAAUCAUCUCAAAUGAUCGCUUACGUGAUAUAAGAAUUCACGUAUU